CUCUCCUUUAUCGAUACGUUCGGACUCUACCGUAACGUAUACCGUACUUUAAUAGGGAUGUACUAUAUUCCGGCUGCGAUAAAUACCCGUAAGCGUACCCGGCGUACAAACUGCUUUGUACUUACUCUUAGCCUAUAUAGAUCUAACUUCCCUAAUAUCGUUAAGGCUCUCGGCCUCCUUAUAGCACUCGACCGCGGUAUAGAAGUC